CUUGGGCCCGUCCCAAUGCUCUCCAUUUGCCUGUAUAAAAGCGAUCGGAGCGAUGCUGGGCAACAGUCAGAGACAUUCCGUAAGAAGAACAUGAAACUUCUAGCAGCUGUUCUGUUUGCAUGCGUGGCAACACUUGCGCUGUUGCACAGCGUUUACGGUACACCGGUGCCGCCGGCGAAUCCAGAAGCGUCCGCUGCCAAUGCCAAGCCAGCAGCCAAUCCAGAAGCCAAUCCAGCAUCCAGUUCAGCGCCAAAUCCAGUGGCAAAUCUAAAGGAGCCAGCUGCCAAUCCAGCGCCAAAUCAAACCGAUUUGCUGCUCAAUGAUGAGCUCUUAGGUACCACAGCGGACACCUCCAAUCCACCAUACCGUGUCAGUCUACAGGAUGCCGAUGCGAAGGAUGCAGCUCCAGUCGUAGUCCACAGCUUAGCUCCAAGCAGCAGCAAUUUGCCAGGAAAUGCCGCCUAUCCAAGUCAGGCUGCUCCUUCUGUAGAUGCGGCUCCCAAUUUGAAUGAAGUCGGUGCCGAUGGUGCAGCCGACCAGCAGGUCUUGGUUGUCUAAGGAAGCGAGCAAUAAGCAGCGUCAGGUAAAUGCACACUACCACAUGCAAAGCUAAAGCGCACACAUACUUAUAUAUACAUACAUUCAUAUAUAUAUGUAUACCCUAAUAUAUAUACAUUAUGUAUUCGAAUCAGCAUGAGCAAUAAAUAAAUUGCAUUUGAAAACAAA